GUCUAUCUUCAAAUAGAGAACUCAUGUUUCUGUGUUUCCAUUUCUAGAACAGCUCUUCCCCAUCCUUUUGUCAAAAACAACAACUACUACUCUUCUUUCUUGUGUUUUCUUUCUCCUUUUCAAGAAGUGGUUCAAGAAGAUGAAUAUUCAUAUGAAUCUGAAUCUAACACAAAUGGGCAACAUGAUCUAUCAAGAUCCAAGAAAGAUCCAACGAGAAGAUGAAGAAGAAGAAGUUCUUCAAGGAGUUUCAACAACAUUCUCAGAAGAUGAAGAUUCAUCGUCUUGUUCUUUAUCUUCCAUGUGUUCUUCAUCUGAUUUAACAGAUGAUGAUGAUGAUGAUGACGAUGACGUUUCUUCAUCUUCUUCUAAUGGACCUCUUGAAGAUCUCUCUGACCUCAUGUCACAUCUCCCAAUCAAGAGGGGAUUAUCAAAGUUCUACGAAGGAAGGUCUCAAUCAUUCACAUCACUAGCAAAUGUUAAAAGCCUUGAAGAUCUUAUGAAGAGAGGGUUUAAAAAUAGAAACUAUGGAGCAAAAAGGAAGUCAUGUAGGAGUACUGGAGGGAUUAUAGAUCAUAGCUACAAAAGGCUUUAUAGUCCUAAACCUACCAUCUCCAAGAAACCCAACAAAACACCUUCCUCUGCUCUCUCUUGUCUCGCCAGAAGAAAACAUUAGAAAUCCCUGAGAAACCCCACACUAGUCUUUUUUUGUUGGCCAAGUUUUAACCCUUUUUACGAUUUCCCCAGAAUCGGUUUCAGUAACAUCUUUCACCCUAAUCUAAGUCUGUAAGAGAGAGAGAUCCCUGUGUCUUAAUUGUGUAGACUAGACUUGUUGAUACCUUUUGUUUGUUUUUUGGACCUUUGGGUCGUUUGGUUGUAUGUAUCAAAGCUUGUAAAGAGGAAUGAUUCCGAGAAGGUGGAAGCAUUUCCACGUAUAACUAUGGCUGGUUGCUUCACA